UACUACUAGGCAGUAAGUUUAGCAGUUUAGUCAAUCAGUCAGUCUGUUUGGUAAACUCAAGUGCGAUUCUUGUGCUUGUGCUGUGUACGGUUUAGUGGCAGUGCAAAAUCCGAUUUGAGUUAAGAUUUACACGCGGCUGCUGAUACAUUUGGAAAAUGUCGAUUUAUCGUAUUUCAACGCGUAAACUGCCCGAAGCGCAGAAAUUAAAUGGCCUUCUAGUGCGUUUUAUCUCUGCCGACUCGAGCUUGCGUGAUGUGCUCGCUGCUAAAAUUCCAGCAGAACAGGAACGUGUAAAGAAUUUCAGGAAGCAAUAUGGUGCUACCAAAACCGGUGAAACCACAAUUGAUAUGAUGUAUGGUGGUAUGCGCGGCAUCAAGGGUCUCGUUUGUGAAACCUCUGUUUUGGAUGCAGAUGAAGGUAUCCGUUUCCGUGGUCUCUCCAUUCCUGAAUGCCAAAAGGUAUUGCCUAAAGCCGAUGGUGGCGAGGAGCCAUUGCCCGAAGGUCUCUUUUGGUUAUUACUUACUGGCGAAGUACCAACAAAGUCACAAGUCAAACAAUUGUCCAAGGAAUGGGCCGAACGUGCUGCACUGCCACAACAUGUUGUAACCAUGCUGAACAACAUGCCCACUACCUUGCACCCAAUGUCACAAUUCGCUUGCGCGGUCACCGCAUUAAACCAUGAUAGCAAAUUCGCUAAAGCCUAUUCAGAGGGUGUGCAUAAGACCAAGUACUGGGAAUACGUUUACGAGGACAGCAUGGACUUGAUUGCCAAAUUGCCUGUCGUUGCCGCAACCAUCUAUUGCAAUACCUACCGUGGCGGCAAAGGCUCAAAGUCGAUCGACUCCAGUCAGGAUUGGUCCGCCAACUUUGUUAAGAUGUUGGGCUAUGAUAAUCCCAAAUUCACCGAGUUAAUGCGACUCUACUUGACCAUCCACAGUGAUCACGAGGGUGGUAACGUUUCUGCACACACUGUACACUUGGUUGGAUCUGCGUUGAGCGAUCCCUACCUCUCUUUUGCUGCCGGUAUGAAUGGUUUGGCUGGCCCUUUGCACGGCUUGGCCAAUCAGGAAGUAUUAGUAUGGUUGCGCAAAUUGCAAAAGGAAUUGGGUGCUAAUCCAUCUGAGGACGAAUUGAAAGACUACGUCUGGAAGACUUUGAAAUCCGGACAGGUUGUUCCUGGUUAUGGUCAUGCUGUGCUCCGUAAAACCGAUCCUCGCUACACCUGUCAACGUGAGUUCGCACUUAAACACCUGCCUAACGAUGAUCUCUUCCAAUUGGUAUCGAAGAUCUACAAGAUUGUUCCACCAAUCCUUACCGAAACCGGCAAGGUCAAGAACCCAUGGCCAAAUGUAGAUGCUCACUCUGGUGUGCUGCUCCAAUACUAUGGCAUGAAGGAAAUGAACUACUACACCGUGUUGUUCGGUGUUUCCCGUGCCCUUGGUGUGUUAGCUUCAUUGAUCUGGGAUCGUGCCUUGGGUCUGCCAAUCGAGAGGCCCAAAUCCCUCUCAACCGACCUCUUGAUGAAAAUGGUGCAAAAGUAAAUGAAUGAAAGGUGUUUAAAAGCGACAGAGAGAUGCAGAGUUAAUGUAAAAUGUGGAAAUUACCAAAAAGUUAUACGUAUAAAUCGAGAAAUAGUUUUUAUUAGAAAAAGUGGGAGAAAGUAGCAAAUGAUGCAGAGAAUAAGCUUAGUUGAAUACAGUUGUAAUUCUUUAUUGUUAUUCACGGAAAACAACAACAAAAAUUAAUAAUUUUAUAGCAAACAUCAAGAGAAGAGACACAGCAUGCAGCAAGAAGCACUACACCACAAACAAAUUAAAGCGCUUUUAUUUUUAACUUAAUUAUUAUUAAAUUUAUUGCGUGCCACGAGCAUUAGAUUUAAACCACGAUUAAUGAAGGCAUACAAUAAAAAUAAAACGAGCAGCUACCAUCAGCAUUAACAACAGUUAGCAAUGCCUUUAAGAAAAUAAUUUCCACUUAAAUACUCUUCAAAAGCGUUGUUUUCGGCCAAAAUUGCUCAUCUACAAACACAAAAAAGUAUGAUAUUAAAUUACUUUAAAGCAAAUAAUUUGUUUUAAAUAAAUAAGUUUAUCGUAGUAACAAUUCCCCAAACUUCAUCUGCAUAGAAAGUGACGCAUUAAGAAUAUAUUCUAUAUAUACAUACAUAUAUAUGACUAUAAAAGAACAAGUAUAACACACAAGUAUCUUGUGAAACGGCAUUACUACUUUUUGAGGUGUUAAAAUUCGAAGGAAUAAAAAUAAUAAUUGUAUUCGAGGAUAAGUGAAAGCUACAUACAAUAAAGAAAAAAAAUAUAUGAAAAUCUA